AUGGCUCUCCAGAACACAGAGUAUGCAGGCCGAGGGUAUGAUGAUCUUGCUAUCGUCCUCAUCGAGCCUAGCGAUCGAGAAGACUGGCUAUCCCACGACGACAUCAUGGCUGAUAAAGAUCACCCCUCGACUAUGCGCUACCUCGACAAUUCACUUCAGUUGGCGUUCCGCGGGAAAAGAGAUUUCCGUAACACUAUCGUUCUUGAUACGAGGCCUUUCCGAAGCCGCAAAAUCAAAAAAGGCGAAGCCGAAUAUAAAAGAAAAGAAAACAACGCCGCCGCAUACGCUGCGCUUGAAGAUUCGCUCGAUAUCCUACGCCCCAAAAUCAUUGUCGUCUGUAAUUGUGAUCACAGCUCGGUGGAAGAUGGGUUGCCACCAUAUUUAUGCACAUCGGUUGAGAGAGCCGGCGAGACCGAGCUUGUGCACGGGCCAAAU